GUUCUCUUCUCGAUUUUCUCUUUUUCCAAACACCCACCUUCUAUCGCUGAAGAAAGGCAAAUGGCCGAGCAUUUCACCGACGAUCAGAUCUCCGAAUUCAGGGAGGCCUUCAGCCUCUUUGACAAGGACGGCAAUGGUUAUAUUUCAACCAAGGAGCUGGGGACUGUGAUGAGAUCCCUGGAGCAGAACCCAACUGAAGCAGAGCUCCAGGACAUGAUUAAUGAGGCCGAUGAAGAUAUGAGCGGAACCGUUGACUUCCCAGAGUUCCUUAACCUGUUGGCCAGGAAAAUGAAGGAUACUAAAAUGGAGGAAGAGCUUAAGGAGGCUUUCAGAGUUUUUGACAAGGACCAGAAUGGCUUCAUCUCUGCUGAUGAGCUUCGCCAGCUGAUGACAAACCUUGGUGAGAAGCUGACAGAUGAGGAAGUAGAUGAGAUGAUCCGCGAGGCUGACGUAGAUGGUGACAGUCAGAUUAACUAUGCGGAGUUCGUCAAAGUCAUGAUGGCCAAGUAAGGACACCAUCUUCCAUAAGCAAGCUCCAAAAAAGCAUAAAAACUAAAAGGAGUUGCAGGGCAGAUAAGUUUGCUAAGAUUUCUAUUUCUAAUUAGGACAAAUUCGUUUUCAAUAGAACACAGAUUUUUGUUUAUUCCAAUAUCAGAAAAUUUUUUCAUGUUAUUUGCUAAAAGCAUGCCUUAGAUUUUGAGUGGUAUUAUAAAAAUCAAUCUUGAAAACAAAAUAAAUAAAGAUGGCUAGAAAUUGGACGGCUCUUGCUUUUACUCUGUUCAUAAGAAUCCAAUUCUCCCCUAUUGUCUUGGUCAAACAGAGAUUAUCUUAAUUAUUGAUAAUUCCAUGGUGGGAAUUUGGGAAUGGGAAAUGUUAUUGGGAGAACCUUUUGUUUUAUUUUUUGUAUAAUAUAAUGUUAAAAUGAUUAAUUUUUUUAAUUCAUAUGAAAUUUGUGAUAUUAAUAAUAUUAAAUAUAUUUAUUUAUUUAAUAAUAUGUGAAAGGUAUAUAAAAAGAUAGAACUCCCUUUUGCCAAUCGUUAAGGUUUCCUUUAUUCUUUGGGGUCAAAGCAAGUUAUUCCCAUAUCUAAUCCCUUUAGAGAAUAUUUUGUUUUGGUAUUGCAUCCUUCUUGAGAAUUUUAUAGAUUGGGAUUUGGGAUUUGAGAUGAGAUGCUACAGAAUAGAAUAUGUAUGUCCUUUUACUGGGUCUCUGAGUCUGUGUUUAAGCCCAUUAUCUAACUAUUCAUUACUGACAUGUAUCAUGUGGCCCACGGCUCACUCUGUCCUUUAAUUUUUGUAUCCCAUUUUUGUUCCUGUAUAUAUAAAUAUAUAUACAUGUCUUUU